AAUAAAAAAAUAAAUAUUAUGAACAGUAGUGGAUAUAGCAUUGACGCAAUCAAUGUACAGAAUGAUAUGAAAACUGAUAGAUUGAACGACGUGCUCGACAAUUUCGGUUCGUUGAAUAUAUCGUGUGGCAGUGUUUUGCCGCAAAUUGUACUGAGUGAUUUCUCAUCAAUCGACUCGAUGCCAAGGACGCAUACACUACUGUUGACACCGUCGUCCGAACAAUACAGCAUAUCCGGUACUAAGUCACAAUCGCAAGCCGAAUGUUUAUCAACUCCAGCUGAACAUUAUCGCAACGAAACGAGACCGUGCUGAGUUCCACGUAUAUAGAUUUUCUUAUAGCCGAAAAUUAUUUUUUUUUUGUUUCUUUCUACACAUCGUCUAACAUCGCAACGUUGGUGCGCAAAUAAAAGUGUGUUUUUUUUCGACGCAUAUAUUUAUAUCAAUCAAUUAAGCGUUCGUUGAUCGAUCACUGUAACAUUUUUCUUAUAAAUUUGUUUACUGAAAAUUAUUUUAACGAAGUGGUUGAGUAAUUGAAGAACGAAAGAAGUUAAUAAAAUUCUUAAGACAUUCAAAUUGAUUAAGUGUACAAAAGAAGACCGAUUGAUUACGUGUAUGGUAAAAUAUAUUUCUGAUGAACUCAGUGUGUAAAUAACAUGGUUUCAAGUAUGGAGCUGGAGCGUUCUGGUGCCGUUGAGAUCGUUGAUAAAGAUAGUACACAGACACUAAGUGCAGUGAGUCAACGUUCGGUGGACAUAAAAAUUAUUCCGACAAUUGUGACGGAAACCAAGAAGGAUCUAAAGUUAAGAUUAAGUCAACGAUUAGAGAAAUGCAGCAUUGAAGACGAUGAUAAGACGUCUCGACCGGAUAUUAAAUCACCAAAAUCACCAAGAACACCAAUGUCGCCCAAAUCGCCUUUAUCUAAUUCAAGCCGAUCAUUCGAACGUGGCAGUACACUAACACAUCAAUCAUCAAAGUCAUCACAAAUUGAUGUGGUCGACGAUCGAAAAGCACUGCGUGAUGCACUGUACCAAGGCAUUUUCCAUCGACAUCGUCGAACAAUAUUCGCUGUCGGUAGUUUCUUGCGAAUGUUGAAAACACGCAAUUCACAAUACAAUACGAUAAGAAGUUCAUCCGAUUUGGAUGAGGAUACGCGAUAGAUCGAUUCACAGCGAUGGAUGGAUUAAUUUGUUUUGUUAUGCAUUUUGGGACACUCAUCUAUGAUCGAUCAUAUUAUGCAUAUUUUAUGAUAAACAAUCCAUUAUUUUAAUUGUAAUUCAAAUUCAAAUAAAUUUUUAGAGUACUAUACUGAUGAUAUAGUCGUAUAUUGGAUUUAAAGGAAAAAAAAGAUUAUCUAUACAAAGAAGAAGAAGAAGAUUUGAACACCCGUUUACAUUUUAUAAAAUUAAGUUUUUAAAGUGAAUUUACAUUAUAGCAACUUAUACAAUCUUAAAAUAUAUUUAGCAUCGUAAUUCCUUUUUCUAACAAAAAUUGUUUUUUUGAUAUAAAAAUUGUUAUUUACAUUUUAACUCUUAGCUAAAUUAGCUUUUUUCAUAUACAUAUUGCAUUUGGCACUAUUCUCGUAUAAACAUAAUUAUUAUUAUCUUGAGAUGGGAGAGAAGAAGAAA